GUGGACGGAAAGUCCCCGUGUGGAAAUCCCCUUGACUUGGGCUUUUUCCUUUUUUUGAAAAAACUAUCAUUAGCAGACGUGUGUACUCUUUUGAAAGGCUUCAAGCUGCGAAGGCUCCAAAAUAGAUCUGAUACUGAAGGAAAGAGAAGGUUGAAUGGCGCCGAGGACCGCUGCGGUGAGGCUGAGUGAAGUGGCUCAGAGAGAGGACUAGUCUGAGCAUCCGGGUGGGCUUUGUUAUUAGCCCCGACAUAUUACACAGUUUCCACGUUGUUCGGUCAGCGGUGGUUGGUCGCCUGCCCUCCUUUCCUUCUCCUCGUUCCUCUUCCUCCCCUCCUCCCAUCCACCUGGCCACUCAUCCGCCAUGUCGCAGGGUCAGAACUUCCUCCCCAAAUUUCUGUUUGUCUCCAACCUGCUGAAGGCCGUGAAGAUCCGUCAAAGAGUGCCCAACGACGUGGUGAAGCCGGCUGCCACCAGCGACCUGAUGCACCACCUGCGGGGUAUGCACCGUUACACGCUGGAGAUGAUUGCCAUGAACCACUUCCCACAGGCCUUCAGGGAGGUUGUGCAGGCCGCCAUCCUGGACCGAGCCAUGCAGGCCUCAUUGGAGCAGGAGAAGAAGCUCAACUGGUGUCGGGAGGUGAAGAAGAUGGUACCCUUACGUACCAAUGGAGAUGGGAACUGUUUGCUCCACGCAGCUUCUCAGUACAUGCUGGGCGUUCAGGACACAGACCUGGUGCUUCGGAAAGCCCUCCAUGGUGUUUUGAAAGAGACAGACACUGGCGUCUUUAGAGCUCGCUUCCAGGCAGAGCUCCUUCAGUCCCAGGAGUUCACCCAGACCGGACUCCGAUACACCACCAUGAACUGGGAGGAGGAGUGGGAAAAGAUUGUGAAGAUGGCGUCCCCGGUCUCCAGUAGUAACGGCCUCCAGUUUGACUCUCUGGAGGACAUUCACAUCUUUGUCCUCUCCAACAUUCUCCGCAGACCCAUCAUUGUCAUUGCAGACCAGGUGGUCAGGAGUAUGAAAUCUGGCUCCUCCAUCUCUCCUCUGAAUGUGGGUGGGAUUUAUCUGCCGCUACACUGGCCGCCCACAGAGUGCUACAAAUACCCAAUAGUGCUCGGCUACGACUCCCAGCACUUUGCACCCCUCAUCACCAUCAAAGACAGUGGUCCAGAGAUCCGAGCAGUACCGCUGAUAAACCCAGGACGAGGGGGCUUUGAGGAGCUGAAGGUUCACUUUUUAAUGGAAAAAGAACAGCAACAGAAAGAGAGGCUUCUCAAAGACUACCUGCUACUGAUAGAGAUCCCCGUCAUAGGCUUAGGCUACGACGCCACACGGAUCAUCAAUGCUGCACGGCUGGAUGAGGGCAACCUCCCUGAAGACAUGAACCUGAUGGAGGACUACCUGCAGCUUGUCAAUCAUGAGUACCAGCGCUGGCAGGAGGACAAAGAGCAGGCAUGGGCCGCCCAGCCGCAGCGCCCACCGCCCUUCUCCGUCUCUCAGCUCUCUCUCAUCGAGAUCCGUUGUGCCACACCACGAUGCACCUUCUAUGUCUCUGUGGACACCCAGCCUCAUUGCCAUGAAUGCUUUGAGAAGCGACAGGCCACUACUGGUGGAGGAAUGAGGAUAGAAGGGGUGGUGCAGACCAAGGGCGGAGGGGUACAAGGUGGGGUAGGUGUGGUAGGGGGAUCAGAGACUGAGGUUAGCUCCAGAGGAGCCCGAAGCAGCAGUCCCCCAUCCUCCUCGUCUGGGCGAGUGGUGGUGAUUUCCAGCCCUCGCUCAGCCCCACCCACCGCUCCCAGCCUCAGCCUGUACAGUGAAACUCAUGCCAUGAAGUGCAAGACACCCGGCUGCCUCUUCACCCUAAGUGUGGAGCAUGAUGGACUUUGCGAGCGCUGCUUCAACUCCAGGCAGAACCAUGGACCCCCUGGAGCUGGAACAGCUGCUCCAGGACUCCCAGGCCCCAAUGGGGGGCUUACAGUCCUACACCCAGCCCAGGGCUCUGGCUGGACGCAGUGGGGUGGCUGCGAGAAAGAGACAGAGCGCUGCAGUAUGUGCAGACAGGAGGCGUUCAGGAUAUUCAAUGGCCUGUGCCCACCCUGCAUGCAGAGACAGCAGCCUCCAGAGAGGGGAGAGCCACAGCAGAACAACCCCAGGACUGAGGCUUCGUCUUCAGCUUGGACCCAGGCCAGGGACACUGAGCGGCCGUGCCUCACCAUAACCCCAGGGCACACCUCAGCCUGGCAAGCCCCUCUGGCCCGGCCUUGUAAAAGAUCUGGGUGCCAGUUCUUUGGGACGCCAGAGAAGUUGGGUUUCUGCACUAUUUGCUACGUAGACUAUCAGACCAACCACCACCUGACCCCUCCCCCUGCCCCGGUCCAGAGCCGGCAUGGUGUGGAGGCAGGCUUUCAGAACACCUCACGGUGUCGUGGGCCUGGGUGUGGUGCAGUUGGGAAGGCAAUGUUGGAGGGCUACUGCGACAAGUGCUACGUCAAAGAGCAAAGCACACGGCUCAACCAAGUGGCACAUCGCACACCACACUCCCCUCCUCUGGUCAUGCGUGACCGAGCAGCCAAACCCAGAUCUUCGCAGCAAUCCCAGACCCAGACCCAAACUCAGACUCAGACUCAGUGCCGGCGGAGUGGAUGCAGUAAUGUGUCCCCGGGUUGCACAGACCUCUGCCCAGAGUGCCACACACGUGGCCAGGGCAGAGAGGCGGGCAGGAGGGCACAGGCGCCUAAGGAAAAGUCCAAGCAGCGGUGCAGGACGCAGGGCUGUGACCACUACGCCAACCAAGAGAAACAGGGCUACUGCAACGAGUGUGAUCACUUCAAACAGAUUUACCGCGGCUGAACACAUACGCACCCACGCACGCAACAACGAUGACACAUCACUAGCACGCUAGAGCCGCUGCCCUGUUGUGGGCGCCCCAUGCCAGUCAAUGCACCUCUGAUACUAACUAACCAACUAACUAACUAGCUAGUAACUAACUAGUAACCUUAUGGCCUGAAAAUCAAACCCCCCAUGUAGAAUGUGAAGAGAGAGUGUGUGUA